CUUUCUCCAUCCCUUCCAGCCGCAGAGCCAUCCCAGGAGCUAGGCAACCGUGCACUGCCUGCAGCAAGGACAGUCCAUUUCUCUGAUGCCUGCCCAUGUGUGGGGGCAAAGCCAAGCAACUCCCCGGACAUGACCUCAGCCUUUUGGCUGCUCUCUUGAUGCUGGGGAGCCUUUUGGCACAGCCCAGCGAGGCUGAGCCUUCAAGGGCAUCAUCUCCUUGACUCCGCAUUGCUGAGACACUGGCUGACGGAGACCUGGCAGAGGGAGUUUGAGCUGGGUGUUCAGAGCAACGUGCCUGUGGGGGCCUGUGACAAGCUGAGGAAUCCAGGCUCUGCCAGCCAGCACCAUGCUGUCCCCAAAGAAAGGUCUGCUGUGCAACCUCAACCACAUCCACCUGCAGCACAUCUCCCUGGGGCUGCACCUCUCCCGUCGACCCGAGCUCCAGGAGGGCCCUGUCACGAUGGCUCCGGGAGACCAGACAGGCUGCAACGACUGCCAGGAGAACUGUGGUGCCUUGGAGCAAGUCGACGCCAACUCCAACAACACCUCCAUGCAGUGCCGGUGCUGCAAGUCCCACCCGCAGCAGACCCCAACACUGGAUCUCCGGAAUCAGCCUCUCCUGGAAGAUUUCCCUUCCCUGCCCAUUGAGGAGGAGGUGGCUUCCCCUUCAGACCCGGCUUCCUCCUCUGUCAGCAGCUGCUCCGAUUUCAGUUUGGAUGACACGCCAGUCUCUGUUUACUGCAAGGCAUUCCCCGGUGAAGAGGCCCUAUCUCCUGACAAUCAGCCAAACAUCGUCCCCCUGGAGGAUGCCCACGAUGCUCCCUCACUGACUGACAAAGGGGAACUGUCUGAUGGGAGAGAUGCUAACCUCAACCUCCAGGUACAAGAACGACCAGAUCCUGGGGCCCGGGAGACCCCAGACAGCCUGUGCAGCAGCAGUUUGCUUGACUCCGCAUCUGAUGAUGCUGACUCUCCCAGUGGGGAUGGGCAGGAGACCAUGGCAGAACUGCUCCCCACCAGCGUCUGUGCUGAGUUGGACUCCAACUGCAAUGCCCUGCCUGCCCUAAGAAUCCAACCAUCUGGUCUGUCUGCGCUAGCACCAGGAAAGCGGGUCCCCUGUCUGAACAGUUCAGUGAGGGCUCCCCCCCCAGUGCCCCCGAGGGCUAAGAGAGGGCUGCACAGGAGUGGAGUGGAGAGGCCUGCCCCAACAGAGGUGCCCCCUGGAGACCAGUGCAGAGAUGCCACUCGGAAGAAUGUCACCUCAUUCCAUGAGUUGGCUCAGAAGCGGAAGAGGAACACAGCUGGGCCACCCACCCCACAGGCCAGGAAGGACCGAAGCGACUGGCUAAUUGUAUUCUCCCCCGACAAGGAGCUGCCGCCCCCCAACGAGCUCACCUGCUGCAGCACCCUGUGCCCAGAGCCACCUGGGCACCAGCUGCAGCCCGAUGAGCAGGCAAAGCCCCCCAGCUGCAGCCAGAGGGAGGUGACCACGUUCAAGGAGCUCCGGUACCGCAAUGCCAUCAACAAGCAGAAGGGCCAGCUGGCCUGGGAGCCAGGGGACAGAGCAGCAUACCAGGAGCAGCCUGAGCCCCAGCAAGCAGCAAUGGGCAGAGACGUCUCCAGUGGCCGCAGCAGGCUCCAGGGCCCCGACGGGGUGCUGGCUCCACAGCUGGAUGGGCACCUCCUGGCACUUACGGAAAGCCACCAGACGAGGAGGCAGUCUCGGCCUGGGCUGCAGCCCAUCACAGAGGGGCUGCCGGGUGAUGCAGAGGAAGGGGGGCGACCCCUGGAGGGCUACAUCCUGAGGAGAAACAUGCCUGGGUCUGGCUGUGAUAAGGAGGCACUGGGCUGGAGGCUCGGGGGACCGGAGGGGGAUCUCUGGGUAUCGGGGAAGGCCCAGAGAGGACACAGAGCCUGCAAGGAGGUCAGACAUUCUCAGUCCUUUGCCGGUGUUCCAGGGGCAGGCCAGCACUGGAUGGCAAAUGCAGACAGAGCCUAUGACCAUCUGAGAGAGCAAAAGAAAGCCCUGCUGGUUGGCAUCAGCGCCUCCGUGGAGAAGCUCAUUGCUCACUUCAGCACGGCAAGGAGCCUGGUGCAGAAGACGCAGCUGGGCGACAGCUGGCUAAACCCAGAUGUGAGCUACCUGCUGCUCAACACCCUGUGCCCGGCACUCUAUGCCCUGGUGGUAGAUGGGUUGAAGCCCUUCCAGAAGGACAUCAUCACGGGCCAGAGGAGGAGCUCGCCCUGGAGCGUGGUGGAGGCCUCGGUCAAGCUGGGCCCCGGCACUAGGCCCCUGCACUCGCUGUACUGGCAGGUGUCCCAGCUGGCUCCCCUCCGCAGCAGCAGGCAGAGGUUCCACGCCUUCAUACUCGGCCUUCUGAACAUAAAGCAGCUGGAACUGUGGCUCUCCCACCUGCAGAAGAGCUCAGAUGUCAUCUCUGUCCUCUACCUGCCCACGGCCUUCUUCUCCCUGAGCCACGGCCCCUGCCCGCACUUGGCCCGUGAGCUGUUGCUCCUCGUCCAGCCCCUCUCUGUGCUGACCUUUCACCUCGACCUGCUCUUCGAGCACCAUCACCUGCCCGUGGAUGUGCGGCCCCUGCCCCGCAGGCCGGACUCCCCCCACAGCCACCCCUUUGGCCCUGCCCUGGUGGCUGCUCCCGCACAGGGCCGGGACCCUAGUGACCAGGCCGAGGGGGCCGAAGGUGGUGCUAGCCCAGAGCACCAGCUGCCCACCGAUGGCUCCAGGAGGGCAGCCCUGGUGGGCUCGGAGGAAAGCGCUAGAUCCCAGUACAGCGCAGCAGCCACCAAAUCACCCCCCAGCCUCCCGGCAGGCGUCGCCCUGAAGCAGACGUUCCAGCAGGUGCUGCAGUGGGGGGAGCAGAUCACCCAGACGCUUCUGGGACCUGAGUGUCCUGCCGAGCCUGAGACACACCAGCAGCCUGUCCCACAGGACACAGGAGAGAGGAGGGGCAGCUGGUGGGAGCAGCUAAGCCAGGCCUCCGAGGUCUACACCACGGCCACGAAGGAAAGGUUUCCCUUCGCCCGCUGGACAAAGCUGCGGGUGGCUGCAGGGGACACCAGCUCCAGCCUCGCUGCUCCGCCCCACGGAUCCAGCCAGGCUUCCGCGAAUGAGUUCGGUGCUCGGGGAGGGGAGGGGGCCAGCGGCACAGACCUGCAGCUCCUCAAGCCCAGAGCUGGGGAAGGUGGUGCUGAGGCUCCAGGUCCAACACCCUCCAGCGAGGCAGGAAGCUUGGAGGCUCCUCAUGCGGAAGAGCUGCCGCCGCAGGCCAGGACCAAGGGAUGUGCAGGCCCCAGGGAGACUGAGCCACUGGAGCCCCCUGCCAGCAAGCCAUGCCUGCCUCCGUCCGAGGAGCUGGCCCCUGAUGGGAGCCAGGCGGCCACGCCCAACCUGAACAUGGGCGGCUCCCCCGUCCGCCCUACCUGGCUGGGCCGACUCUUUGGGGCCACGUGUCUGCCUGCCGACUCUGACACCAGUGCAGCCAAGGCCAGGAGACCUUCCAGCUGGCUGCCCCCCAGUGUGAACGUUCUUGCCCUGGUUCUGAAGGGGGGGCCCUCGGAGAAGGCCUGGCCUCAGGAACAGCAAGAGAAGAAAGCGUCUGACUCGCCUCAGCUGCACAGGGCUGUGCGGGCGCUGUGUGACCACACUGGGGCUGGCGACGAUCACCUGAGCUUCAGGAGAGGGGACGUCCUGCAGCUCCUAGCCACAGUGGAUGAGGACUGGAUCCGCUGUUGCCAUGGAAACAACACUGGCCUAGUUCCUGUUGGCUACACGUCCCUGAUUUUAUGAGACGGAAUCCCGCAUGGAGCAUCGGCCGGCCCCAGGGCAACGGCCAUGACCCUGUGAUUUCCCUAAGCAGCUUUGGGGGGCUAGUUCCAGGACACACGCACGAAGGGUUCCCUAGUGUCAUUUCUCUGCUGUUUAGUAGCACCAGGCUGCAGGCUCUAGCCAAGAGAUGCAUCCUCACAGCAGUGCCAGAUGGCUCCCUGCCACCCAUGCUUCUCUGCAGCAGUACACAGUUAACUUAGCGUCCGCUCUGAGCCCUGCCCCUGCAUCGCAAUGGUCCUGCUGUGUCUUUUG